AACAGAACACCCUCUAUCAACAAACAUCAAGCCUCCAAGGUUAAGCAACGAACCACUACACGAUUCACUUCUCCCACUUUCACUAUGUCCUCUACGCACAAGCAUUAUGUCAGUGACCUCAUCACUGGGCCGCCUCCGACGGAAAUGGGAUACAACAGGCUGGGGCGCUCCGGCUUGAAAGUCUCCAAGAUCAUUCUGGGAGCCAUGUCUUAUGGGAGCAAAGAGUGGCAGAAAUGGGUCUUGGAGGAAGACGAAGCUCUGCCUCUCCUGAAGCAUGCUUACGACGUAGGCAUCAACACAUGGGACACUUCCGAUCUCUACUCGAAUGGCGUUUCGGAGGAGAUCAUUGGCAAAGCCCUUUCCACCUACAGCAUCCCUCGAGAAGGCGUCGUCAUCAUCACUAAAUGUCGGUGGGGAAUCAGUGGGCCCGGCGAGCCACAACUGUCCGUCUUUGCAUCCACGAUCAAUGAUGGCAGGAUGGUGAAUCGGGUCGGCCUGUCCCGCAAGCACAUUUUUGAUGCUGUCCAAGCAAGCGUCAAAAGACUGGGCACGUACAUCGAUGUCCUCCAAAUUCAUCGUAUGGAUCAAGAUGUCCCAAGAGAAGAGAUCAUGAAGGCUUUGAACGAUGUUGUCGAAAUGGGACUUGCACGGUAUCUCGGCGCUUGCUCUAUGCCUGCCUGGGAGUUUCAAACACUCCAGAACAUAGCGCAGAAAAACGGUUGGCACCAAUUUAUUUCCAUGCAGAACUACUAUAACCUCCUCUACCGAGAGGAAGAGCGAGAAAUGAUACCGUACUGCCGGGACACUGGUAUCGGAUGCAUUCCUUGGUCACCUAAUGCGCGUGGCAUUCUGACUCGUCCAUGGAACGCUCUGGAUGUAAACACAUCCUUGAGGUCGCAACAUGAUGUCGCAAUUCCACGUCUCUACGGCCGGGAAAGCGAAAUCGACAAGGCCAUCGUUGAUGCUGUCGAAGAGAUCGCCAAGGCUAGACAAUUGCCGAUGGCGGUCAUCGCAACAGCCUGGUGUUUGCACAAGGGGGUUAAUCCGAUAGUUGGUCUGAACACCAAGGAACGCAUCGAUGAGGCAGUGCUCGCUGCGAAGACUGCUUUGACAGAGGAAGAGGUGGAGAAGCUUGAGGCGGCGUACCAGCCAAAGAACAUGACUGGGCAUUAAC